UUCUUGACCUUCACAUAUUCUCUCUCUCUCUGGAAUGGCUAUUGUCUCUUAACGGUUUUCGGCCUAGUUUGGUCGGUUUGUUUGGAGGGAACCGAAUUAAGUUGUUUCUGAUAAUUAAUAUCAGGUACUUUUCACGCUAACUUUGCAUUUUUGGACCACACUCGUCUCCGUCCAAUUUUUUCAAUCCUCUGAACUAACAAACACCUACGCCCCAUCUCUCCCGCCUAUCGCUUAAUAAUUAGUAUUUCUUUAUUAGCUUCGAUUCUCUCUCUCUCUCUCUCUCUCUCUCUCUCUCUCUCGUUUCGGUUAUGUAUUGCCGUGGUUCAGGUUGCAUGUAUUCUACUCUUUAAUCUCAUACGAUGUUUUCUUCUUCUUCUUCAUUUACUUUGCGAUUUUGAUUGUCGAUGCCACUGUUUGAUUUAGUUUUGUACUGGUUUUAUGUAAUGCUUUUUAUCCAGUAUUAUUUUUUAAGUCACUCAGUUGCCAUAAUCGGAAUGUGCUCUUUUGCAAUAAUAUUUUGCGGCUUAUUUCUGCUUCUAAAUCACGUCUAGGUUAAUUAUCCAGUCUUACUAUUUGGAUUCUUGCACUGCUGAUCAUAACUCUCUCUUGAUGUGUUUAUGAAAAAGUGUUAUGAUUCAUAUCAUUUUCUUAUUGAACAUGCAGGCUUUGGUUGUGGCCUUAUCUUCUUGUUAGUUACAAUUCAUUUUACAACUUGUUCCUCUUGAUGUUUUCUGAGAAUAUAUAUAUAUAUAUAUAUUUUUUUCUCGGGAAGAUUCAGGCUCAAAUGGACAAGGACAUGUCUCCUCCAUCAAACACCAGCACCAUCACGGAAUUAACGUCUUCACCGAUCGCAUCUCAUGACAGUAUUCCACCACCUCCUCCCUCAUCAUCCCCCGACAACACUGCUCGCUUCGAUUAUCUCCUCAAGAACCAAAACUUCGGCACCGACUUCGCCUCACUGUAUCGCUCCAUUUUCCCUCCAAAAUCGACCUCCAUUUCACUCAGCCCCUCCACGUGCUGCUCCUCCAUUAACGACGACCUUAACUCUGACACCAUUGCCACUCAGCAACGCCUUAACCAGGCCCGCCUCAUCCUCCAGUACCAAGAACUGAAUAGUCACUACGAACUCUGCUGCUCUCGUCUACUCGACCUCAUUGCCGAGGCCGACUUGCUCCGCCAAGAGAAUGCCCACCUCCGCAUCGUCAACACCGAGUUGCUGAAGCUCCUCUCCUCACAGGUCUCCUUCCACAACCUCCUGCUGUCCUCCUCUACCGACCCGGACCGUUCUUUCCUCCACGAAUUCCGCCGCCUCUCCACCGAAGAUGAAGACAGUGCUUCCACCACCAGUACCAAUCGGUUCGAUAGGCCGAGCUCUGAACGCUUCUCGCUCCCCAAGAGCAUCUCCGUUCGGUCCAAUGGCUUCACCAAGUCAAGCAACCUCCCUGCUGAGACUCACGAUAGCACCCCGACUCGCUGCUUCACUCGGCCACGUGUCCCGAAUCAACUUGCCUCCGGAUCGCAAAAGGUGUAUUUAUCGGGGAAGAGGGUGGAGGAUCAGGAGGCGAUGGAGUUGGAGGUGUACAAUCAAGGGAUGUUCAAGACGGAGCUUUGCAACAAGUGGCAAGAGACCGGCACGUGUCCCUACGGGGACCACUGCCAGUUCGCCCACGGGAUAACGGAGCUCCGUCCGGUGAUCAGGCACCCGCGCUACAAGACGGAGGUUUGCAGGAUGGUGGUGGCCGGCGGUAUGUGUCCCUACGGCCACAGGUGCCACUUCCGCCACUCUCUCUCCGAGCAAGAGAAGUUGUUGUUGACCCCGCGUUGAUACGAGAGUAUUACUUGCCACCGGCCGCGGGUGUUUUGGGAGGCGUUCGUACAGAGCACUAAAUGCUGUUUUGGGGUUGUACAGAAUCAUAGAUGUCUUAACACUGAUAAGAAUAAUUAAAGAUGAUAAUUAAUUGAUGAUAAGAUUCACGACCGUACGUACGUGAUAAAAUAAAAUAAAAAAUAAAAUAAACCAAAAUUGAUAAAUGAAAUAAAAGGUUUUAAUAUUGUUGGAUAAUAUUUGUGUGAUGAGGAUAAAGCUAAGUUGUGUACGUGGUGGCGUAAAGAAAAUAAUUUGUAAUUGGAUUUAGUUUUGUAACUUGUUGUACAAGUGUAGUUGUAGAUGUUUAUGUAUACUUUACGCCAUCUAUUUUGGUGGAGUGCAUGUAACUAACAUGGCUAACAACCAAACUUGAUUUUGUAAUGUCAUGGACUCAUGAUCAUGAUAUUUGUUACCUGA